CGAAGGAAGAAGACACAGAGAUCCUCCCAAAAACCUCCGUAAUUCCCAAGUAAAUUGUUUCAGAGAAAGGAAAUUCAUCCCAAUUUCCCAGUUCCCAAAUCACGGAUUUUCCAUUUCUCAACCAUUAACUCUUUCUUCUAGAGAUGGAAUAUUGAGAAUUCAGAAAUAUGGGUUCAUCGAUCAUGGAUUCUCUGUUUCAACGCUCCCUCGAAGAUCUGAUCAAAGGGAUUCGCCUUAACCUACUUACCGAACCCACUUUCAUCUCCAAAUCCACAGACGACAUUCGCCGCGAGAUCAAGUCCACCGACCUCCACACUAAGUCCGUCGCCCUCCAGAAGCUCACCUACCUCAGCGCCCUGUACGGGCUCGAUAUGUCUUGGGCCGCUUUCCACGUCGUGGAGCUCAUGAGCUCCUCUGCCUUCGCCCACAAGAAGAUCGCCUACCUCGCCGCCGCGCACUCCUUCCACGCUGCUACCGAUGUCUCCCUCCUCACCACUCAUCAGUUCCGUAAGGACCUCAACUCCGCCAACCCCUUCGAGGUAAGCCUCGCCCUCCACUGCUUCUCCAUCAUCGCCACACCCCACCUCGCUCGCGAAUUAACACCGGAAAUCUUCACUUUGUUGUCUAGCUCCAAGCCUUCCAUUGGAAAAAAGGCUGUGGCGGUCAUUUUGAGGGUUUUUAGCCAGUACCCAGAUGCGGCUAGGGUUUGUUUUAAGCGUUUGGUUGAGAAUUUAGAGAGUUCUGAUCCGCAUACCUUGUCUGCGGCAAUGGGUGUUUUUUGCGAGUUGGCAGUGAAGGACCCUAAAUCAUAUCUGCCCCUGGCGCCAGAGUUUUAUAGGAUAUUGGUGGAUUCUAGGAACAAUUGGGUAUUAAUUAAGGCGGUUAAGAUAUUUGGGAAGUUAGCACCAUUGGAGCCAAGGUUGGCAAUGAGGGUUGUGGAGCCAAUUUGUGAGUAUAUGAGGAAAACCGGGGCAAAAUCAUUGAUGUUUGAGUGUGUGAGGACUGUGGUGACUAGCUUGGCCGAGUAUGAGUCUGCAGUGAAGCUUGCAGUUGUGAAGAUUCGGGAAUUGUUAGUGGAUGAUGAUUCUAAUCUUAAGUACCUCGGGUUGCAGGCGCUGACAGUUGUUGCACCAAAGCACCUGUGGGCGGUUUUGGAGAAUAAGGAGGUGGUGAUUAAAUCUUUGAGUGAUGCUGACCCCAAUAUUAAACUUGAGUCACUGCGCAUUCUGAUGGUAAUGGUGUCUGAGAGAAAUGUGGCUGAAAUUUCCAGGGUUUUGGUUAAUUAUGCUAUUAAAUCAGACCCAGAGUUUUGCAAUGAGAUUCUGGGUUCCAUUUUAUCAGCUUGUUCUAGGAAUGUUUAUGAGAUAAUUGAGGACUUUGAUUGGUAUGUAUCACUUCUUGGGGAAAUGUCGAGGAUUCCACAUUGCCAGAAGGGUGAAGAGAUUGAGCAUCAACUUAUUGAUAUUGGUAUGAGGGUGAAGGAUGCUAGACUGCAGCUUGUUCGUGUUGGCCGGGAUCUACUGAUUGAUCCUGCAUUACUUGGUAAUCCUUUCUUACACAGGAUAUUGUCUGCUGCUGCUUGGGUUUCAGGGGAGUAUGUUGAAUUUUCGAAGAAUCCAUUUGAACUUAUGGAGGCUCUGUUACAACCACGUAUUCGUCUCUUGCCUCCAUCAAUAAGGGCUGUUUAUGUUCAGUCUGCUUUUAAAGUACUUAUCUUUUGUCUACAUUCCUACCUCUUUUACAGGGAAACCAUUGCUUGCUCCCCCUCAUCUCCUGACAAUUUUGUCUCUGAAAGUAAAUGCCCAGGUUCUGAUACAGCAAUUGUUGCAGCUGAUUGCCAACAAGAUGAAGUGUUCAACCCAAGGGCUUCAAAUCAAUCCUUUGAAGAUGCUUCUACAGAAGAUGUUGAAGAUAUAACUGUUACUCAUGCUCAGAUACCUAAUUCAGCCUCUUUAGGAAAAGAUGGUUUGACACAUGAAUCAAUUGGGAACCUGUUGAAUCUAAUUGAAGUGGCUUUGGGUCCACUAUCAGGAAGCCGAGAAGUAGAAAUACAGGAGAGGGCGCGAAAUGUACUUGGUUUAAUUGAGUUGAUAAAACAAGAGUUACCUGGCUUAGUCAAGAAAGAAGGGAAUUUUGAGAGGGAAGGCUUAAAAUUUCCCAAAAUCAUUGAGUUAAUGCAUGAUGCAUUCUCCAAGGAGCUUGGUCCAGUCGCAGCAAAUGCGCAAGAAAGAGUUCCUAUCCCUGAUGGGCUAAUACUUAGGGAGAAUCUUGGUGACUUGGAAAUGAUUUGUGGCAAUGAUCAGCUGCCUACAUCAAGUUCAUUUUCUUUUGGAAUUCCUCAUUCUAAGGAGAAGGUUGGUCUUCCCCAAAGCAAAGGAGAAUCAUCUGAAGCAUCAACUGAGUCGACAUCUCUGCUUGCAGAACACCGCAAGCUUCAUGGACUAUAUUAUCUUCCUUCAGAGAAGAAUGAUGUAUCCAAUGAUUACCCACCUGCUAAUGACCCUAAGUUGCAGGAUAAUCUGAAUGAUGAUGCUAAAGAUCUUGUUAAGCUUACAGAGCAGUCACUUCUUCAAAAGAAAAAGCCAAACCAUGCAAAACCUAGGCCGGUGGUGGUAAAAUUGGAUGAGGGUGAUGAAGCACCUAUUGCAGCCAAGAAGCUGGAGUUGAAAGAGGAUUUGUUGUCUGGUGCGGUGCGAGAUGUACUUUUAGGUAAUGAAGCUGUAUCCACUUCACAAAGUAAUCUGACCGAUAAAUCAUCCAGUAAGAGAAGAGGGAAGGAAAAACUAAAUACUGAUCAUCCAUCUGGUCCAAAAGAAGUUCUGGGUGAUGUAGGAAAUCCUAAUAUGGGAAAUCCAAGUUCAAGAAGAAGCAAACACCAUGGUCAUGGUAAAGAGAGACGGCAUAGAAGUCCGAGGAAGAAGGAGAAGGAAAGAGAAGAAAAUGGUCAGAAAGACAAGCAGAAGAGUAGUCAUCGUCAUAAUAGGCACAAAUCUCGUCAAAGAGCGGAAGGGCCCAACAAUGUGGUUACACAAACACCAGUGAUCCCGGAUUUUCUUUUAUAGCAUUAAAUAUUUCUUUAAUAUCAGCUUUUGCUGAGAACUUUGGAUUUUGCUAUGCCUUGUAUUCUCCUACCUUAAGGGCAGAGGUUAGUUUUUCAUUGUAGAUUGUAUACCUUUUGGUUAUGGUUGGGAUUUGUGUUUGUUUCAAAGCCGAAUACUGAAAUUGUUUUUUCAUGCUACACAUUGUGAAAAUUCAUUGAAGAAGUGAUAUUUCCAAUUUGAGUUGUCUUCU